AUGGCAGACAAAACCUUCAAGUUAACUUUAUAUGCUCUUCUCAUCCUCCUCCACCUCCUCUUCUACUCCGACAUGGCAGCAGCAACAUCAAGGCCACUAGAUGAUCAUAAUCGCUAUCCUAUAAAUGGUUAUAGAGUGAAUACUCAUAUAGGAGCGUGGAGGCCGACAAUUCCUGGACUCCAUGGUUUUGCUCAUCCAGAUCCACUAGAAGCUCCUUCAUCAAAGUCGUGA